AUGGCAGACGUGUCUGUGCGGUACCAAGGCCAGGUCGCCACGCUUCGGGUGUACGUCGUGCGGGGGAGGGGACCGUCUCUCCUCGGCCGAGAUUGGCUGGCCCGCAUCAGGCUAGACUGGGCCGCAGUUCACCUUGUGCAACCCGUGCCGAGCCAGUGGGAGGAUCAGUUGGAGGAGAUUCUUCAAAGACAUCAAGGGUUGUUUAGCGACGACCUUGGGAAACUCAAGGGCAUGGAGGCGAAACUCUUCUUGAAGGAGGGGGUGGUUCCUCGGUUUUGUAAACCGCGUCCGGUGCCGUAUGCCCUGCGGGACAAGGUCAAGGGUGAACUGGAUAGGCUGGAGGCCUGUGGAGUGAUCGAACGGGUGUCGUGCUCGGAUUGGGCCACCCCGGUUGUCACGGUGCUGAAACGGAAUGGAGACGUCCGAUUGUGCGGGGACUUCAAAUCCACGGUUAACCCGGGGCUCAGCGUGGAGCAAUAUCCACUGCCGUCAAUCGAUGAAAUAUAUGCGCGAUUGGCGGGGAGUCAAUACUUCACGAAGCUAGACCUGCGUGAUGCAUAUUUUCACCUGCCGAUGGAUCCCGGGAGUAGCGAGCUUUUGACAAUCAACACGUGUCAAGGACUCUAUCGAUAUACCCGACUCUGUUUUGGGAUUGCUUCGGCCCCAGCUUUGUGGCAGAAAGCCAUGGAUCAGGUUUGCAUUGGCCUGCCCGCUCAGACCUACCUGGACGAUGUGCUCAUUGCGGGGAAAACGGCGGACGAGCAUCUUGCGAACAUUGCCCAAGUGCUGACAAAGCUAGAAGCGUGCGGCCUGCGCUUGAACAGGGACAAGUGCGCGUUCUUCAAGCAGCGCUUGGAAUACCUCGGGCACAUCAUCACGCCGGAGGGGCUGUUGAAAGGUCCUCGGAAGGUGGAAGCGAUUCAACACAUGCCACCGCCUCGCGACAAGACGCAGCUGCGCUCGUUCAUUGGUAUGGCCCAGUAUUACCAAAGGUUCGUGCGCGGGCUCAGCUCACAACUUGCGCCGUUAACGCGGUUGCUCAGGAAGGACGAGCGCUGGGCUUGGGGGCCUGCACACCAGGCGUCGUUCGACCGCGUCAAGCGGCUGCUCACAGAGGAUACGGUCCUCGUGCACUACGAGCCUGCGCGUCCGCUCCUAUUGGCAUGCGACAGCUCUGCAUAUGGCAUCGGGGCAGUGCUCUCCCACAGGAUGGACGAUGGUUCCGAGCGGCCUGUUUGUUUUGCAUCCCGGACCCUGUCCACAGCAGAGCGCGGAUAUGCCCAGAUUGAGCGUGAGGCUCUCAGCCUCGUCUGGGGUGUGCGGAGGUUUCAUCAAUAUCUGCUGGGGCGGCAUUUCACUUUGCAGACGGAUCACAAACCGCUUCAAUUCAUCCUGAGACCCGAACGCGGGGUGCCGGUGGUAGCAGCCGCGCGAAUACAGCGGUGGUGUCUGUUUCUGGGUGCUUACGAUUAUGAUAUUCAGUUCCGAAGCACCGAGAAGCAUGCUAACUGCGACGGGCUCUCACGCUUGCCGUGUGCGGAGGGUCCAGCUGCGUCUGAGUUGGGCGACCGGGUCGAUGUGUUCGCGCUGGGCCAGGUCCAAAGCGGGCCGGUCACGGCCAGGCAGGUCGCGGUGGAAUCGGCUCGUGAUCCGGUGCUUGCCCGUGUCGUCCAGGCGAUUUCUACGGGGAAUUGGAGCGAUCUGCCUUCGACACCGGCAUUUCAACCUUUCACGUCACGCGCAGCGGAGCUGUCGGAGCUGUUGUUGGUCCAACGGUGCGUUAUGUGGGGAAUGAGGGCGGUGAUUCCACCGAGGUUCAGGCAGCGGUGUUUGGAAGAACUGCAUGUCAGUCACCUUGGCAUCGUGAAGACCAAGAGUCUUGCUCGUAGCCUGUUGUGGUGGCCGGGGUUGGAGUGA